UUCCCUUUACUAUUUAUUUACAUUUUUUCUUUCGUGAUGUCGGAUGCAUAUGAUUUUGUUGCAAAGGGCAAAUUAAAACUUAAAAAUGAUAACCAAAUCAAGAAAAAGAAGAAAAGUAGCCGUAAACAUAAAGACAAGGAUAAGGAACGUGAAAAGGAAUCUUUACAAACCAGCAUAAAUGAGUCUUUAGAAGAGAAAAUGACUAGCAGCGCUGCGCCAAAAUUGACAAAGGCCGAGUUGGCGUUCAAGCAGCAGCAAGAAAAAAUGCGAAACAAACGCAUUAUGGAGAAAGCCUCCACCACACAUAAGGAGCGCGUGGAAAAAUUUAAUGAGCAUCUGGAUACGCUAACGGAGCACUUUGACAUACCGAAAGUGUCCUGGACGAAAUAGCGCGUCAGUAGUGCAUUUAGCUUGGUUAAUUUAGUAAUACACAGUUUAGUUUUAAAUCACAUAUAUAUGUAUUUAAGAGUUAAAAUAAAAUCUUUCACAUGGCAUAUUUUGCUAUUUAAAACACCUUAAA